UGUGUGUGUGUGUUCCUCUGUCCUCCCUGACAGCACACACACACACAGCCCUGGGUUUGUCAGCUCUAAUAAUAGUGUGGGUCAGUUUCAGCAGGUGUAGAAAAGAGUUCUUCCUCUGUCAUUCUCUUACCACAGCUUUAUCUCGUGUCUCUGUUUGUCUGUUUUAUUUUUUUAUUUUGUGCAACUAUAUUUUUUCCUCCUUUUUGGAUUUAUCUUAUUGCUACACUGUUUUGUCUUUUUUGUGAAUUGUUUUUGAGAACGAUAUCACGGCAGAAGACCUUGUGAUUUUAAUUUUUAUUCAUACUUUUUAUCGUUAUUCGUGUGUUUUGCGUGUGAGAUCAUCAUCAUCAUCAUCAUCAACGGCUGCUUUCUUCUUUCAUGACUCUUUGAUUUUUCUGCCGGCUUUCCUACUUUCCCGUGUCAAGCUCGAUGCAGGGGUACCGUCGCUACGGAGCACCCUACUCCACAAUUUCCUCCUCCUCCUCCUCGUCCUCACCUUCCUCCGCUCCGGUAGAGGAGGUGAGUGCUGAGGAAGAGGUGUUUGAGGAGGAGGAGGAGGCAGAAGAAGAACGGCAGUUUGUGGUCCAGGAGGCAGGGGGCGAUGUGGAGGAGGAGGAGGGCAAGAUUGAACAGAUAAAAAGGGAAGUUUUAUCAGCAGUAUCAGACAAAGGUAGGAUGAACUCCUACUUGUUUUCUGCCUAAUAACAGUAAUAUAUAGAAGGCACGUUUUUGUUUCAAACAAACAAAAACAAGUUCUUGGCAAUUAUUACUAAUAUUUUUAUUUGUACCCUCUGAGUUCACAAAACGAUUGUGACAGGCUGGUGAUGUUCAUAAUCCUUCAUACCUGCCAGUUACACAAUUCACUCACCUUUACUUUUUUUACAAAGUCAACAUCAAGAUCAACUGAAGAGGACGUAGAGGAGUUACUUGUGUGUGUGUUAUCCUAUGAAGCUAGCCUCAUUUUACCAUAAACUUCUUUUGGACACACAAUCAUUUUGGGCCUUUUGUUUUUAGUGGAUAAUUAGUAGAACAAAUCCUGAUCCUGACUGUAAAAAAUAUUCCUCAUGAGUUCCUUGGAGCUUGACAAUCUCUUGUAAAAUACUCUGGGUUUUUUUUUUUGUUUGUCUUUAGCGUGUUUGAUUCUACUGUACGGUAUUGUGUUGGACGUAAAAGAAUGAAACUGCCGUUGUGAACUGAAGACAUUUCUCUCUGGAGUUCUGGACGACCAACAGCUGCUCUCUGUCUCUCUCUCUCUCGCUCUCUCUCUCUCUCGCUCACAGACAGUGACAUGUUUCAUCUAUUUCUCUAUUCCUGGCUCGCACUGCCCUUUGCACCUUUUUACAUUGUUUUUCUUUCUGCUCUCAUCUAAACAUAAAUAUUUAAACAUGUAAUAUUGAAUAUAAAAGUCUUUUUUAAGUUGUAUUGUUUUUGUAUUCAUACAUAAAUAUCUUCGUAAUAAAAAAUGUAAAAUAAAACGUAAAAUAAAAAAACAAAAAUAAUUUGACCUAUAAACCUGAGAGAAAAAAAAAACUACAUUCCUAAAGAAAUGAUCUAAAGACUCUAAAGUUGUAUUCAGAGAGUCUUCCUUGUGUGAUCUAAUAGAAGGUAAAAACAUUUACAUUUAGUAGACACUUUUAUCCAAACUAACUUACAUGAGGAGUUUUAAGUAUGCGGUUCCACUGGGGCUCAAACCCAGGACCUUCUCCUUGUGAAGCAGAUGAGGUAGCCACUACACUAAAGAACACCUUUUUGGUCAUG